CACUCCUGGCCGGGGCCGGACGGUGUGGGGUGGGGCCAGGUUUGGAUGUCCCCCUCUUCCCCCCGAGCUCUGGGCCUCCUGGGCUCCCUGCUGUGCAGACCUCGUCCCGGGAGGCCCCUCCAGGAGUGCCCGGCGCCGUCCCACUCGGGGUUGGCGGACAUCUGGGCUUUGGCCCCUUCCUUCCUUCGGGGAAGAUCUGAAGUAGGCAGGAAUGGAUGAGUGUGGGAGGGUGUCGGCCUGGACUCCGGAGGAGGCCCGAGUUUGAAUCCUGCCCACCGGGGACAGCUGUGUAACCGGAGGGUUCCGAAAGCCCGAGGAGAUAAUCCGGGGAAAGCCCUGGGGCUUGUUUUGUCUGCUUACGUCAUGGCGGGCGCUUCCCACAAUUCCUCCCUUUCCUUUGCCCUCCCCGCCCAGUGAUCUCCGGGCUCCAGCCCAGAGCAGGCAGGACUCCCCCAUUUUUCCUUCUGGAUGGCGUCGAUAGGAAGAUUUGGGCGCAGACGAAGCUUUUCAUGGGGGGGAACCAGCUCAGGGACUUUUCUAGAGUCCUGACUUGUGUCCCGGAAUGGCGAAUGAAUUCGUGGCUCCACCAGACACUUUAUCUUUAGCAUUCAGGGGUGGUUCGUUUUUAUUUAAUGUCACAACUUAGGAUGGUGUCGGGUCAUUUUAAGCACAUUCGUUGUUUGCGUUCUUAAAAAUGAUCUUCACUGGUCUUUCUCUCUUUCCAGCGCUUAACGUUGCCCCUCUAGCUCCCUUCUUCUUUCAAGAGCCACACAGCAUAACAAAUUAUGUCGUUUAAGGAAAAGGAACAGCAAAACCAAUUAACGUGGCCCCAGAUCCCGGAGGUCUGUGCAGCGUUCCGAAGCUUUGCCGAAGUGGGCUCCCCGCCUCUUCUGGAGAGUGGAGUGGGACUGUCUUCUCAUCUCUUCCUUGGAGGCUUCCUGGAGCUUUUCCCUUUGUGGUCGCCUAGUUGUUUCAGUUGUGCUGAUUCCUCAUGAUCCCGUUUGGGGUUUUUUUGGCAAAGAGAGUGCAGUGGUUUGCCAUUUCUUUCUGUAGCUCCUUUUACAGAUGAGGAAACUGAGGCAAACAGGGCUAAACAAUUUGCAAGGGUCACACAGCUAAUAAUUGUCUGAGGCUGGAUUUGAAUGUGGGUCUACUCAAUUCCUGGCCUGGUAUUCUACCACUGCUGCCCGAUCAGUUUUGUAGAUUGUUCUAUUUGCAUGGCUGUAAUCACUGUAUACAUUGUGUUCUUGGUUCUGCCAACUUCCCUGCAUCAGUUCAAGCUGAUCUUCCCAUUCUUCUCUUCCUGUUCAUAGCCUAGUUGUGUCUUCACUCACCAUACAGUUCUGUUUCAGUUGUGUGCCACCGUCUGUCUGCCCAUUCCUCCAUCACUGGGCAUUUUUGCCAGCACCGAAAGUCCUGCUGUGUUCACACCUAUGUGCUUCAGAGAAUCUCUGGAUCAGAGGACAUGCAUAUGUCCUUUCAGUCACCUUAGUUGUAUAAUUGCAAAAUAAAAUGGAAAAGCUUUCACUAAUGCCCUUUUUAAAGAUUCAGUCAGGUCUCUCCCCAACUUUGUCUUGUAAUGCAGAAAACAGUCUUUCUGGCUUCCUUUCUGGAAUCUCUUCAUUGUUGUCAUGAUGUACAGAUUGGCUUUCACCACACAUUGGUUCACACACUGUUCAUUGUUUAGAUCGCCCUAUGUUUCUUUUCAUUCUUUUGUGCAAUAAUAGAACUUUUCAUCAUUUCCAAAUCAGUUGCCAUCUACUUUGUUUCAAGUUUUUUUGCUACCACAAAAAGCACUGAUUUGAAUAUUUUGGUUUAUGGCUGAGCUUGCUGGUUGGUGGGUGUUUUUGAAAUCCCAAUUUUGGGUACGUCACCCACUCCACCAGAGCACUGAAUAGUUAGCCACAUUUCUCAGAGAAUUCUAAAACAUCAAAUAGAGUCAGACCAGUUUACUCUUUGCUAACUAACAGUGUAUUCAUGUUUUCGUUACCUAAGAUGACUUUCUUCAUGUUCUUCCACAACUUGUCUAUUGGAAAAUAGGUCUUAGGCGCUUCCCUAUAGAUUUGUGGAGUAUGGUCAGAUUUUUUCAGAUGUUUGAUGCAAUGUUUUGUUUUGUUUUUCUCCAGUCCAAUCUAUAUCUUUUCUUCUCAUGACUUUUUGCCUUUAGAUUACUUACUGUGUUAUGUGGUAUACGGUGCUGGGCCAAAUCUAUAUCCUACCAAAUUGCUAAUGGGAUAGUAAUUUUUGGAAAAACUCAUUCUGAAAGGGUCAGUAGAUACAUAAUCUUCUACAGCAUAAGAAUAGUCAUCCUUUACUUUUCAGUUCUGGCUUUCUCAUCAGGAAAGAAUGAUGUUUUCUUAACUUUAAAAAAUGAUAGAAGAUAAUUAGAGGAAAACUAGGUAAUUAAUGUUGAGAUUCAAAUGAAUUCAGCAUAAUAUAUUUUAUUCUGGCUUCUCAUCCUUAUUGUGUAGUUUUAAGAAAUUUGAGUUUUUGCCUUUUGAAAAGUAAAUUGCUUUCUCUUGUCAGAUUCCUUGGUUAAGAAAUUCUAGGAACUGAUAACUACAUUUGGGAGUGAAUCAAUUUAGAGUUUCUAUCUGGACGUCCUGUGGAUUGGAUUCUCUUUAUUUGCAUUCUGUUAGGUCAAUUUGAAUACAACAAAGAGAUUCUUUGUUUCUUUUUCUGUUUUUUGUCACUUAUAUAAAUAAACUGAGAAUAUGUGCAAUAUUCUAAACACAUGGAUCUUCUGCCUCUGCCCAUUCAUAGGGUGGACAUAUUUUCUCUUAUCUCUUCAGUGAGGAAGGGAGGGUGUCACAUGUACUAUUUAUAAUUAAGAAAUAUUCACUUGUAGUUGUUUUGUGAUUAUUUCCACUUAAAUUGUUGUAAUCAUUGUGGAUGUUGCCUUCUUAGUUCUACUUUCUUCCCCUUCUGCAUCAGUUUGUGGAAGUCUUUCUGUGCUUCUCUGGAAUCAUCAUAUUCACCAUUUCUGACAGUACAGUCAUGUUUUAUUACGUCCAUUUACCAUAUUUGGUUUAGCCAUUUCCCAACCAUUAUUCAUCUCCUUUGUUUCCUCUGACACCACAAAAAAAAAUGCUACUGUGCAUUUUUUCUGAGUUCAGUAAUCUCCGAUUUUAUUGCUGAGGUCUACCCUCCUUUCUUUUUUACUUUGAUUCUGAAGUCUUAUCUGUUUCAUCAUCUUCCAUUGUUCUACCUUUACUACCAAACUCAGAAUUCACUGUUUCAUCAAGCUAGCUUUCUGAUAUAAUUUCUAUUUUGUUGAUUUUACUUUUUGUUUUCUUAAAAUUUUCAUCUAGUGGUCUCAGAUUAUUAUAUCUUUGUUUCUUUUCUGAAACUAAAUUUUAUUUUUUCCAGUCAGCAAAAACUUCUCCCACUCCUACAUUUGAGAAUGAAAAGAAAACAAAACCUGUUAAAAACUAUAGUGAAGCAAACUAAUUUCCAUAUUGGCCAUGCCCAAAAGGAAGUAUGUGUAUAUGUAUGUAUGUAUAUGUGCAUGCAGAGAUACAUGUCUUGAUCUCUUCUCUGAGAGUACUCCUCCUCUUUGUGGGCAGCAUGUGGCAUCAUGACCUGGAAUUGUGGUUGGCCUUUGUGUUGACUAGAUAAUCCAGUCAUUCAGCUUCCUUGAAUUAGUUUUCUAGGUCGGUUGGUUUUUUUUUUCUGGGAGAUACCUUACUUUUUUUUCCAUUUAUCAAAGUUUUGUCUUUGUCUUAAUGUUUCUUUUUGUCUUAUGGAGUCAUUGACUCCUGUUCAGUUCAUUCUAAUUUUUAGGGAAUUGUUCGCUUGGAUAAGGUUUUGUUGUUCUUAUGCUGAGCUAUUAAUUCCCUUUCCAGUUCUUUCUUCCAUAGCUCUCAUUUCUUUGGCAAUUCCCCCCACCCAAGUAUUCUCAUUUCACUUAUUAACAUUUUUAAAAAACUUUUUUAAUGCUUGCUUUUAUCUCUUCCAAAAAUUCUAGUUUACCCAAGCUAUGUUUUCCUACAAGAUUGCUUGUAAAUGUUUUAGUCAUUCUUAUCUUCAGGGUUUGUGUCUUGGUGGAGUUCUUUUUUUCUAUUUACUAAUAGUUUUAACAUACUUACUGAAUUCAGAAAAUCAGAAUUAUCUUUAGGACCUCAAGAUUCUUCUGGAGAAAAAGCCUAAACUGUUCCUAUUGCUACUUUCUUGGGGUAUUGAAUGUCGAGUUAUUCUCUCUUAUUCGGGAUGUGCAAAAUGUCAGUGCUCCCAAAGUGGUCUGAUCUACGGCAAAGGCUGAUUGUUGAACUUGGAGAGCUGGGAAGCCCUACUGGUCUAGAGGGAGAGUUCCCUUUGGUCUGGGAUCCAUGCCCUGCUUGUUCUUCAAUGGGCUUCUGGUCUAGGCUAGACACUAGAGCUGAGCUCCCUACACCCUGCUGGGAAAGGAGAUAGGCCUGGGGGGAUGGGAAAUUAGACUCCUCUGGUUUUUCAGAUUAUAAUUUUGUUUUUUCCUGCCAGUUACUUCCCUUUUUUUAAACUGAAAAAAUCUACUCAGAUUCUUGGGAUCCUUUUUUUCUUAAGUUACCUUUAAAAAAAAAGUUUUCUGUAAGUCUUAUUUGUAUUUGUUAUUGUGUGAUUGGAGGGUGGACACUGGAAAGCUCCUCCCAGGAUCUCCAUUUUCAGGAGGCACCCAGGGCCUUCACGGCGUUUCCUAGUCAGCUGCUCUUCUUGACUCCAAGAUCUCCAGGACUCCUCAUUCUGCAAGAUGAAACCAACUCCCCCCCUCCCCCCAGACCACUUUCUCCCCUUGGCUGUAGCACUCCUUGAUGCUCCCUCUCCUGCCAGCUACCUGACUCUUCAGCCUGUCUUUAUGCGCUGUCCCCCGUUAGACUGAGCAGCUUGAGGACGGGCAUUCUCUCUGGCCUUUCUUUGAAUGCCUAGGACUUUCCACAGUGCCUGGCGUGUGGGAGGUGCUUGAUGAAUGUUCAGCCUCGAGCCUUUGACCUUUGGUGUAGGACUCAGGCUUGGGCAUGCACCAGGCUACAGGAACCCUCCACACGAGAAAUCCUCCACAGUUCCCACACACUGACCCCUCUCAGCAGGUACACAGGAGGGAGAGCCUGUGGGGAGUCAAAAGUGUCUUUGGCGUUUCAGGAGUCGGUGACAUUCCGGGAUGUGGCUGUGGACUUCACCCCAGAGGAGUGGGGGUUCCUGGCCCCAUUCCAGAGGGAGCUCUACCGGGAGGUGAUGCUGGAGAACUUCUGGAACCUCGUGUGCCUGGGAUUUGAAGUUUCCAAACCGGAUGUGAUCUACCAGUUGGAGCGAGGGGAAGCACCUCAGAUCCCAAAGGCGGUCCCAGGAAGCUGCAGUCAAGAUUGGGGAGCUGGGCCUGAAACCACAAAGUCAGCUCUAAAGCCAAAUAUUUUAGUACAAGAAUCAUUCCAAGAAAGAAUCACAGGGAACAGUACCUAUAUUUCCAAAAUAGAAAAGGCCUGGAAAUCUGAUGCCAAGUUACAGAGGUGGCAGAGCCAGAAGAAACAUUUUCAGCAAGUAAAAAUCACCCCAAAGAAAUCUCAUAAUAAACUAAAAGUUCAAGAAUAUAAUAAGCUUAGCAGUAGCAUCCAUUGGGGGCUGAACAUUUUUCUACAACAGAGAAUAUAUGUGAGAAAGAGUCUCUGUAAAUAUGAUACACUUAAAAAGUAUUUCAGACUAUAUACAGACUUAAGAAAAUAUAACAGAAUCUGUGCAAAAAAGAUAUUUUCUAAGUAUGAUGAAUGUGGGAAAUCUUUCAGGGAUACUUCAGAAAUCACUGAAAAACAUAGACUGUAUAUUGGAGAAAAGCAUUAUCAAGGUAAUGAAUAUGGGAAAAACUUCUACCAGCAUAUACUGCUUAAUCAACCUAAUAGAAUUUAUACAGGAAAGAAAUUUUAUGAAUGUAGUGAAUGUGGGAAAGCCUUUCGGUGGAGAUCACAGCUUAUUAAACAUCAGAGAAUUCAUACUGGAGAGAAACCUUAUGAAUGCAAUGAGUGUGGGAAGGCCUUUCAACAGAGAGUGCAACUUACCCAACAUCAGACAGUUCAUACUGGAAAGAAACCUUAUGAGUGUAAUGAAUGUGGGAAAGCUUUUCGUUUAAACACAGGACUUAUUCAUCAUCAGACAAUUCAUACCAGAGAGAAAUCUUUUAAAUGUAAUGAAUGUGGGAAAGCCUUCUCUUUAAGUACAUAUCUUACCCAGCAUCAGAGAAUUCAUACUGGAGAGAAACCUUAUAAGUGCAAGAUUUGUGGGAAGGCCUUCCGCCUGAGUACAGGACUUACUCAACAUAAAACAAUUCAUACUGGAGAGAAACCUUACAAAUGUAAUGAAUGUGGGAAGGCCUUCCGCUUGAGAACACAGCUUACUGAACAUCAGACCAUUCAUACUGGAGAGAAGCCUUAUGAAUGUCUUGAGUGUGGGAAGACUUUUCGCCUGAACACAGGACUUACGCAGCAUCAGACAAUUCAUACUGGAGAGAAACCUUAUGAGUGCAAUGAAUGUGGAAAGGCCUUUAGCCAAAGGGCAGAUCUUAUUCGACAUCAUAGAAUUCAUACUGGAGAGAAACCUUACGAGUGUAAUGAAUGUGGGAAGGCCUUCCGCUUGAGUACACAGCUUACUGAACAUCAGACCAUUCAUACUGGAGAGAAGCCUUAUGAAUGUAUUGAAUGUGGGAAAGCUUUCCGUCUGAGCACAGGUCUUACUCAACAUCAGAUAGUUCAUACUGGAGAGAAACCUUAUGAAUGUAAGGAAUGUGGGAAAUCCUUCAGUCAGAGGGCAGAACUUACCCGACAUCACAGAAUUCAUACUGGAGAGAAGAUUUACAAAUGUGAUGAAUGUGGCAAGGACUUCCGAUGGAGCAGAGGACUUACACUACAUCAAAAAAUUCAUAGUGGAGAAAAGCCUUAUGAAUGCAAUGAAUGUGGGAAGGCCUUCCCCCUGAGCUCAUAUCUCACUCAGCACCAGAGAAUUCACACUGGAGAGAAAUGUUAUAAAUGUGAUGAAUGUGGAAAGGCUUUUCCCUUAAGUUCACAACUUACUCAGCACCAGAGAAUUCACACUGGAGAGAAACCUUAUAAAUGUAAAGUUUGUGGGAAAGCCUUCCGCCUGAGCCAAGGACUUACCCAACAUCAGACAAUUCAUACUGGCGAGAAACGGUAUGAAUGUAAUGAAUGUGGGAAAACCUUUCGCCAAAGGACAGGACUUACUGAACAUCAGACAAUUCACACUGGUGAGAAACCAUAUGAAUGUAGUGAAUGUAGGAAGGCUUUUCGGCUGAGAGCACAACUUUCCCAUCAUCAGAAAAUUCAUACGGGUGAGAGACCUUUUGAAUGUAAUGAAUGUGGGAAGGCCUUUAACCACCGACCAGAACUUAAAAGGCAUACCAGAAUCCAUACUGGAGAAAAACCAUAUGAGUGUAAUGAAUGUGGGAAUGCCUUUCGCCUUAGUACACACUUAACUCGACAUAGGAGAAUUCAUACUGGUGAGAAACCUUAUGAAUGUAAUGAAUGUGUAUUGUCAUUCCGCUUAAAAACACAGCUUACUCAGCAUCAGAAAAUUCAUACUGGGGGGCAGCUGGGUGGUUCAGUGGCUUGAGAACCAGGCCUAGAGAUGGGAGGUCCUAGUGGCCUCAGACACUUGCCUGCUGUGUGACUCUGGGUCACAUGACCCCCGUUGCCUAGCCCUUACCACUCUUCUGCCUUGGAACCAAUACACAGUAUUGAUUCCAAGACAGAAGGUAUGGGUUUUUGGGAAAAAAUAAAAAGAAAAUUCAUUCUUGAAAGAAACUCUACAAAUGCCAUGAUUAAAGGGAGACCUUCCAAAGCAAACAUUACUCGAUGUCAGCUCCUGUUGAAGACAGAAAUCUAGUGAAAUGGUGAUCAUGGAAGUGUGUCUAGCCAGAGUCCAAUCCUAAAAAUCAGAUCAUUUCUAUUGGAAAGUCAUAUGGAUGUUAUGAACACAAGGGAUUUCACCCAACACUAAUUCAAAACGAGAGAACUCAGACUAAAGAUUCAGCAGGUUCCAGUGUAUUUUUCAGAGCUUCUCUCCUAAACCCUUUCCCCUUCUUGCCUACCUUCCACAAACCCCACAUGUACUGCAUUAGACUUAGUUUAUGGCAAAUGUUCCAGCAUUCAUACUGGAGAGAAAUCUUCUGAAUAGAAUCAACAUGAAGAUUUCAGGGCUAUUAAUCAUUUAACAAAAAGUUUUUAUUAAUAUCUUCUUUCUUAUAUUACAGUCGUCCCAAAUAGUCUUCUUCCUCCUAGGUAGUCCUCUUGUGUAAUAAAUAGUAUUUAUUAGAAAGGAAAAAAGUCGGCACAACUAUUUAAUGCAAAAAAGCACCCCAGUACCUGUGCAGUGUGUAACACGUGCUCAUGUGUGCACCCCAAAUCCACAAAUUGGCUGGAUUUUUAUCAUUUUGCUAUAUUUCCUUUUAGUGUGUUGGUGUCUCAUCCUUUCCAUUUAUGUCAUUUGAUUACAGUAUAUGUUUGUUUUCUUGGUUCAAUCAGCCUUGAGAACCCAGACUAAGUUGCACAAAUGAGGAGGUGUGUAAAUCCAUGUGUAUUUCCUCACAGCAGCUAUUCCUUUUCCUUCUUCCUCAAGUUUUUUGCCUUUUUUAAUCUUUAUCUUCUACCUUAGAAGGAAUAUUAGUUAUCAGUUCUAAGGCAUAAAAGUCAUAAGGGAUAGGCAAUUGGAGUUAAAUGACUUACCCAGGAUCACACAGCUAGGAAGUGUCUGAGGCUAGAUUUUGAGCCCUGACUCUCUUAUCUACUGAGCCACCUAGUUGCCCCUUCCAGUAACCUCUUUCCCAGUUCACACAUAUUGCAGCUGACAUAAGAUUCUUGGAUUUGCCAAGAAAAUUGUAACAAUCUAGUGCUUGUUCUGAUCUCCAUACCCCACUCCUCCGAGAUUCCUGUAAUUAUCUGUAUUAGAAAUAGGACACCCAGGAGAUAUUUCUAGUAGUAAUAAAUGAGAUACUCUGGAGUGACUAGAGAGAUACUAGGGGAAACCUGAGAGUGCCUUGUGGUAAUGGAGAUAGAGAUACUUCUGAGAGAUAGAGAAGAUACUCUGGGGUUGCCUAUUGAUCACUACUGAUGGCUAAUAGAUCAAGAUAUUUCCUACCCUCCAGUCUUCACCUCCCAGUUUUCCACCCACACCCUCCUGCCUCCCUUUCCCUCCCCACUGUUAGUCAGCCACCUUUCUAUGUAACUCAAAGGUGAACUGUGAGGUUUAGAGAAGAUACUUUUUCCCUCUUUCUCAGGUAAGAGGUUUAUUGGGACAAACAGGACAAGGAUGGAAAUUGAGGUGAGAGGGAUAGGGUUAUCCCUAAUCAAUAAGGAGGGUUAGGAGGAUUUUGGGAAAUGUCAGUCCUGUCAUAACUGUGACACAAAAAUCUGUCAGGGAGAUGGGAGGAUAACUGUUUAAUCUUUCUUCCUUCAAACUCAAAUCUCAAAUAUACAAUCAGUUCUUCACACUCUAAGCCACCAACAAAAGUUAAUUUCUUCUUAGCCUGGCUCCAGAAGUCUUCCUCCCCCCCUCACCCCCCCGCCCCUCCAGGGAUCCUUCAGCCUAGGACAGAAGCUAACAGGGGGCCAGUUCAGAGCAUCUUCCUCCUUCAGCCUGGCUUGACUCUUCAACUGUCUUUCCUGGGAAUAUUCUAUUUGGAAUGUUCUUUCUUGAUUGACAGCUGAAGUCCUUUGCUUUGUUUUGCAUGCAUGAAAUUUUCUCUUUCUUCAUGCCUCUUCCACAUAUCAAAUGUUCUUCCUUCUAUUGUAGAGGAAGAAAGAUAUCCUUGCACCUUGUUAAGGUUAAUCCCUUAUCUUGUGCCUUUGGUCCCAGACCCUCUUGCCAACUCCCAGACCUCCACCCAGUAAUGAUAUUCUCUCAUGCAUUUUCAGGUUAUCCCUUCCAAUUCUGCCUUUCCUAGCUGCCUACAAUUAAAUUCUUCCCUUCUGUUAUGUUCAGCACAUGCACAUUUCCCAGUCAAUUGCCAAAUCUUGCUGUUUUUGACUGAAAUAUUCCAUAGGACCUCCUUAAUUCAGCUUCUUAUCGCCUAGUCUGUUGCAGCAAGCCUCCUCUCUGGUAUCCCUGCCUGAAGUAAAUAAAUGAAGAAUGUAUUAAGCAGUAGCCAUACUCCAACCACAAUGCUAAGUAUUGGCAAUACAAAUACAAGCCAUAGUUCCUGCCUCCAUGACCUCUUAUUUCAUUGGAAACAGAAAUCAGAGAUGGCAAUUUGGAGCCCAAGAGACCAAUAGCAGACACAGCUUUUCUAAGGAUAGUAGCAUUGGCUUGGUUACUAUCUACAACGAGAGCUUGAUAUUGGAGAAGAGCAUGGCCAGUGGCAUGUAGAUGGCCACAGGAAGAGGCCUAGUGGGCCUGGUGCCUGGUAAGGUAAGGCUGAGUGGUGGUGUUCAGCUGUGUCCUACUCUUCAUGGACUGUCGCACACGAGGCCCUUCUGUCCUCUACUUCCUUUGGUUUAUCCAGGUUCUUUUCCAUGAUACGAUCUACCCAUCUUAUCCCCAGCCAUUCCUUUCUCCUUUAUCAUUCAGUCUUUCCCAAUAUCAAGAUCUUUUCCAGUGAGUCCUGUCUUCUACCUAGACCAAAGUAUUUCAGCGUCAGUAUUUGUCCUUCCAGAAGAGUCUGAAUUUCCUUUAGUAUUGCCUUUUGAUCUUGCUGCCCGAAGAGCCAAUGGUGACAAAGGAGACCGUCUCCAGACCAUCCCUGAUGGCAAUUUUCAUAAAGCCACACUUGUGCAUGCCUGCCAGAGACCUGCACUACCCCCUAAUUUAAUCACUGAAAAAAUCGAAGCCAUUCGCCUAGAUGUCAAACUCAAAUACAAAUGAAUCUCUGCCCACACAUUGAUUUAGCAACCAGAAAUGAGUGUGUUCUGGUGUAUUUUGAUGUUUUGUUCAGCCUUUCCCAGUUAUAGUUGUAUCUCAUUUGGUUGCCCUCUGACUUCAGUUUCCCUUUUUUCUACAUCUGUCAUCACCCCCCCCACACACACACACACACACUUUUUCUAGGGUCGAAGGAAGAGGUGGCCCUUUUUGCCAAGACUCGCCCUUCUGGAGAUACCCGAAAUCUCAUCCCUUUUUUUUUUUUCCAAACCUUUACCUUCUUAGAAUCAAUACUGUGUGUUAAUUCAACUCAGAAGGGUGCUAAGGGCUAAGCAGUGGGGGUUAAGGGACCUGCCCAGAGUCACACAGCUAGGAAGUGUCAGACCAGAUUUGAACCUGGUGCCUCCUAUCUCUAGAUUGACCCUAAAUCCACCCAGUCACCAGGCUGCCCCCUUUUACUUCUAAUGGAUGAAACCCAAUAUCAUCCUGCCUUUCUAAUCAAUUUCUCUUUAUUUACUGGUGCUUUUCCCGAUGGGUAUAACUAUGCCCCAAUCUCACCCAUGUCUGCCCAUCAUAAUCCUGUAUUUUUCCAUCCCCCAUCUUGUAAAGCAUUUGCUCUCUGGGUUGAUACCUCAUUGUUGAACUGAAACUUUUCUUUGAGGUUCCUGCUGCGCUCCUGAUCAUCAAACCUAAUGACCUGCUCUCAGUCUUCAACACAUCUGCAGCACUAACUUGCUCUGUUCACUCCCUUUUCCUCUGAGAUACUCUCUGCUCUCCAAUCUUUGUGCUUCCACCCUCCUGGCUGUCCUACUUUCUGACCCUCCAUCUUUCUUGCUGGAUCUUUAUUCACGUUGUGCCCACUUAAUAGGGUUUCCCCUAUUCCCUACACUCACCGAGUGAUCUUGCCAGCUCCUGUGUACUCGGUAAUCUAUGCAGAUGAUUCUCAGAUCUCCAUCUCCAACCCUUGCCUCCACCUGGAGCUCCACUUCCACACUACCAACGACCUGUUGAGCACUUAAGCUGGAUGCCUUGCCGACAUCUUGGACUGAACACAUCCAGAACGGAAGCCAUGUCCCCCCACAUUGCCCCUCUUGCAAACUUCGCUAUGCCUGGCGAGGGCACCACCAGCCUUUAGUCAUCCAAGUUUGCCGUCCCAGCAAGAACUCUUCAUUUCGCGUGAAUCCUCUCCCCCUCAUGGCAAAUCUUGUCUUUUCUUCCCUCUUUUCAUUCACACAACCACCACCAGAGUUGAGCCGCCCAUCACCACUGCCUUCUCAUUGGUCCGCCUGUCUCGUCUCCACUCCAACCCAAAGGAUUUUUAAAAAAGUUUAUUAUUACAAACGUGACACACAUGAACAUUUCCAUACAUGAGAAUAAAAGAGAUUUCAUAUAAAACUGUGAAUCUAUGUUGUACAGCUUUUAGAGUAACUAAUAAAUCUAAGUAGAUAAACUCCAAA